AUGUCAUGUGGCCUGUGUUUUGGACCAUGGUGCGUACCUAUGCGCCCUAUGUCACAUUUCCUGUGGCCUUCGUGGUCGGGGCUGUGGGCUACCACCUGGAAUGGUUCAUCAGGGGAAAGGAUCCUCAGCCUGUGGAGGAGGAAAAGAGCAUCUCAGAGCGCCGAGAGGAUCGCAAGCUGGAUGAGCUGCUAGGCAAGGACCAUACCCAGGUGGUGAGCCUUAAGGACAAGCUGGAAUUUGCCCCUAAAGCUGUCCUGAACAGAAACCGCCCGGAGAAGAAUUAAUGGAGGACACUGUGACCAAUCCUGCUACCAUGUCCACCCAGCCCUAGAACAUACAUCUGAUUUGAUUUGCUGCUUAUUCUGGCACCUCCCAUCCCACAACCACAUAAGUACCAGCUGCUUCCUUAUGACCUGCACACCAGCAGCAGCUGAGGGUCAGCAAAGAGGAAAGUCCCAUCUCUUGAUGGGCCUUACGUAGGUUGCUGCUGGGAGAAGUGCUAUGAAAUGAACUCUGGCUUUCAGCCUCCCUGAGGGGGCAUUUUAGCCUUGAGUGGCAAUGGUUGGGAUUUGUGUGUUUCUUGUAAAAGGGGCACCUUUGAGCCUAAUCCCAAUUCACACAUCUGGUUCCCGAUCCUUUCCGGCUUAUUUUCCUGGUCAGCUGGGGGAUGAGGUUCCCUGGGGAAUGGAAGUGUUUGUGGUCAGAGGCUGGGGCUGUACCCCUUGGGGCAGGGGCAAGUGCGUGUGGUGAAUUUACUUGAAAACAGCGGCUUCCACCCCUCAUCACUGUGGAGUGAACUGUGAUUAAAGAGGCAUCUGCAAACCA